CUUACUUCCGGUCACUGCAUUCCAUUCAAGCCUCAGUGUCCGUAGAGAUCAGGGUUAAACAGUGGUAAAGAAGACAUCCGAUCGCAUUGUGUUAGGAGGACUGAGCAGAGCCCAGAGUCCCAUCACGGUGCCUCCACCUCACUCACUGAUACAUGAGACACAAUAACCAAAAGAUCCUGGAACUUACCAACAAGACGAUUCAGCUGCUGACUGGAGAAGUGACUUUUGGGAGGAGGAGUAUAUAGAGGAACACAGGGGUCUGUACAAGGACGUGAUAAUGGAGAAUCACCGGCCCCUCACAUCAUUGGAUGGGCUCAGUAACAGAGAUAACCCAGAGAGAUGUCCCCGUCCUCUGUAUUCCCAGGAUUGUACAGAGGAGAAUCACAAGACCGCACAGGAGGAUCAGGUAGAACGUCUGUCUGAUAUUAAAAUAGAAGGAGAAGAAGAGACGUAUGUGACUGAUAUAAAGGCAGAAGAUACAGAGGGAGAAGAAGAUACAUAUGUGACUGAUAAAAAGGCAGAAGAUAUAGAGGGAGAAGAAGAGACGUAUGUGACUGAUAUAAAGGCAGAAGAUAUAGAAGAUGAAGAAGAGACGUAUGUGACUGAUAUAAAGGUAGAAGAUAUAGAAGGAGAAGAAGAGACGUAUGUGACUGAUAUAAAGGCAGAAGAUAUAGAGGGAGAAGAAGAGACGUAUGUGACUGAUAUAAAGGCAGAAGAUACAGAGGGAGAAGAAAAGACGUAUGUGACUGAUAUAAAGGCAGAAGAUAUAGAGGGAGGAGAAGAGACGUAUGUGACUGAUAUAAAGGCAGAAGAUAUAGAGGGAGAAGAGACGUAUGUGACUGAUAUAAAGGCAGAAGAUAUAGGGGGAGAAGAAGAGACGUAUGUGUCUGAUAUAAAGGCAGAAGAUAUAGAAGAUGAAGAAGAGACGUAUGUGACUGAUAUAAAGGCAGAAGAUAUAGAAGGAGAAGAAGAGACGUAUGUGACUGAUAUAAAGGCAGAAGAUAUAGAGGGAGAAGAAGAGACGUAUGUGACUGAUAUAAAGGCAGAAGAUACAGAGGGAGAAGAAGAGACGUAUGUGACUGAUAUAAAGGUAGAAGAUAUAGAGGGAGAAGAAGAGACGUAUGUGACUGAUAUAAAGGCAGAAGAUACAGAGGGAGAAGAAGAGACGUAUGUGACUGAUAUAAAGGCAGAAGAUUUAGAGGGAGAAGAAGAGACGUAUGUGACUGAUAUGAAGGCAGAAGAUAUAGAGGGAGAAGAAGAGACGUAUGUGACUGAUAUGAAGGCAGAAGAUAUAGGAGGAGAAGAAGAGACGUAUCUGAAGGGUGAUCAGCAGUGUAAGGAGGGGGAAAUCCCUACAGAUAUCAGCACAGCAGAUGGACACACAAGCAGGAAUAUCUCAGAAGGACAUCUAAUGUUAUCCCCGAAUUGUGACAUAAAAGAUAAUGACAGUAGACAGGAUUCUCCAGGAGCUAAUCCCAUUACCCCAAUUAUACAUCUAGGUCUAUCAGCUGGUCCCUCUGAUCCUGGGAGAUUUUCUCCUGAUCACUCUGAUAUUGGUGCAUCUGUUACAGCUCUGAGAGUAGAUACAGAGUUUCCCUGUUCUAUAGAUGCCAAAUGUUUUACACAGAACACAAAGCCUAUUAACCCACGCACAGGUAAGGCAGGUGAAAGGCCACUGAUAUGUUCAGAGUUUGGGAAAUGUUUUGCACACAAAUCAGAUCUUGUUACACAUCACAGAAGUCACAAAGGUGAGAAGCCAUUUUCUUGCUCUGAGUGUGGGAAAGGUUUUACCUGGAAAUCCCACCUUGUUAUACAUCAGAGAAGUCACACAGGUGAGAAGCCUUUUCCAUGUUCUGAGUGUGGAAAAUGUUUUGCACACAAAUCAGGUCUUGUUAUACAUCACAGAAGUCACACAGGUGAGGAGCCAUAUCCAUGUUCUGAGUGUGGAAAAUGUUUUGCACACAAAUCACAUCUUGUUAUACAUCAGCGAAGUCACACAGGUGAGAAGCCAUUUUCUUGCUCUGAGUGUGGGAAAUGUUGUGUAAGUAAAUCACAUCUUGUUAUACAUAACAGAAGUCACACAGGUGAGAAACCAUUUUCUUGUUCUGAGUGUGGGAAAUAUUUUACACGGAAAUCACAUCUUGUUACACAUCAGCAAAGUCACGCAGGUGAGAAGCCAUUUCCAUGUUCUGAGUGUGGAAAUUGUUUUGCAAACAAAUCAGAUCUUGUUAGACAUAACAGAAGUCACACAGGUGAGAAGCUGUUUUCCUGCUCUGAGUGUGGGAAAUGUUUUGUAUGUAAAUCACAUCUUGUUAUACAUCACAGAAGUCACACAGGUGAAAAGCCAUUUUCUUGCUCUGAGUGUGGGAAAUGUUUUACACAAAAAUUAAAUCUUGUUAGACAUAACAAAAGUCACACAGGUGAGAAGCCAUUUCCAUGCUCUGAGUGUGGGAAAUGUUUUGCUCACAAAUUACAUCUUGUUAGACAUCAGAGAACUCACACAGGUGAGAAACCAUUUUCUUGCUCUGAGUGUAGGAAAUGUUUUACACGGAAAUCACAACUUGUUACACAUCAGCAAAGUCACACAGGUGAGAGUCCAUUUCCAAACUCUGAGAAAUAAAUAAGCUCUUGUUGCACACAAUAGACAUCACUCAGGUGAGGAACCAUUUUAAUCUUCUGUAGUAUACUCAUUGCCAUCGUUGUUCUUCAAGGUUCUUAUCCUAUCUCCUAUGCUUUUUGCAAUAUACAUGUUACCACUGGGUGAAAUAAUCAGAUGGCAUGCCCUCAACUACCACUGCUCUGUAGAUGACCUGUCUUUUGCUCCAGGUACUGAGAAUCCAGUACCAAUCCUAAAUGGUUGUCUAGCUGAGCUCCAGAUGUGGGUGAUGCCAGUUGGCUGUGACACAGUCCUGGUGAAACAGGUCCAUAUGGUAGAAGCUCACCAACAAAGGGCAGGGCUACAGCUCAGCUUUGCCUACCAACCAGACUUACGUUUAGGUGUUCAGAGUUACAAAAUGCUGAUCCUAUGCGUAAUCUUGGUGUCCUGGAUGGCGGAGUGACACUUAGACAUCACGUAUCAGCCACAAUCAGAUCCUCAUCUGAGGAACAUAGCCAGACUCCAGCACUUAUUUCCCUCAGAAUAUCUUCCUACAGUCAUACAUGCACUUGUAUCAUCACACAUAGACUACUGCAAUGUCCUCUACCUGGGUCACCCAGCAAAAUAAUUGCACCGCUUGUAGCUUGUACAGAAUGCAGCAACCAGGCUAUUACCUAACCAGCCCGUUCCUGCCACAUAACACCCAUUCUCUGCUCCCUUCACCGGCUGCCUGUAAGAUGGUGACUCUAUUACAUAAUCUUACAGACUCUCCCAGCCCUACAUGACCAGGGUCCAUGGUAACAGAAGCAGCUUCUGCCUCCUUACUGCCCUGCUUGCUUACUUCCAUCUGGAGACAAAGGAAUGUUACCAGCAGUACCAAGAAUCCCCAAGCAGUUCUGAGAUGUCAGAGGGGCAGAGAGGGUGGUGGCAGUAGUGCUGCAGCGGGGGCUGCCGGAGGCACUGUCUGUGGGUAAUAUUGUCCCCAAGCAGCGCUAAGGUGUCAGAGGGGGAGACAGGGCAGUGGCAGUAGUGGGGGAGGAUAAGGAGGGUGGCAGUAGUGACAGAGGACAAGGUGGGUGGCAGUUGUGGGGUGAGAUGUGGCAGUAGUGGGGGGGGGAGACAGUGUGGAUGGCUGCAGUGCAGUACCAGGGGCUGCUGGAGACAGUAACGAGGUGUAUGGGUCCCGCACAGAAUCAGUUGAUAAUUAGACUUAGUGAUGAUUAUACUUCCUUAUUUCUAAUUAAUCCCUUGUAUGUGUUACUGUUAUUUGCUGUGUCAGCCUUUAUGUGUGUUCUGUGUAAUAAUCCUGAAAGUAGUGCUGCUACCGAUCUCGUAUCAUUUGUAGUAACUUUGAAAAUAUGAGAUAUGAGGUGCACUCUGGAAGCUUACAGGGGGUUAAUCAGAGAUGAUCGCAGAUGUGACAUCAUGCAGCCCCUGGAAAAUGGUCCUGGCCCGCCUGCGUUUACCCCUCAGGGAUGCGACCGCAAUGUGUGUGCACGGCCGCUGCGCAUGUGUAUUUUGCCACCACCAGCAAACUGCUGGGGGCCGCUAUUGCGGCUGGGUCUGAAUGACCCCCAUAGGGUUUUAGCUCUUCUGAUAUGUAUCUGUUUUACUUACCUGCAAUACUAUAAUGUAACUUGAAUUGUUUCUGUGCUUUAAGGAUAUUUUAUCCAUGUUGUGCAGAGUAAAGUAUUUUUUAAGUUUAAAAUAUAGAGAAAAAUCUGUGUA